AUGGCUCCAAGCACAAGAAAUAGAAGGAUCAUACCUUUACAUCUUAGAAAGAGAACAACUGUCGCUUGUGAUGAGUGUCGACAACAAACUCUUCGAAAUAACACAGAUGAAUUCGAGAAGGAGGUUUGUAUAAAUAAAACAAAGCUACCGAUUGUCGUAGAUAAUAGCAACAACAACAACAUCAAGAACGAAAUAGAAGAUCAAGCCAAUUUACAAGUGGAAAAGCUCAAUAAUUUCAGCCAAAUCUUCGUCUCCACUACGGAUCAAUCGUUCAUUGAUUUCAUAGCCAGAAAGCCGAACGAUACUGUUACAUCUAACACCUCAUCCACGCCACUCUUAAUGAGAACUUCCUUCUCACAUAACAACAAGGAAUAUAUCAGACGAACCCUUCUUACGCUCAUCAAAGACGGUCUAGAAACCCUUCCCGAAUCAGAUGACCAAGUCAGAAAGCUAGUUGAUAUUUUCCUCCACAUCUGCGAAACUAACUAUUUCUAUGUCCAUCAUGCUCGUUUCCAUGCCCAGAUUGAAGAAAUGCUAGUUAGGCGUCAUAAAAACGAUCUUGAAUAUUUCGUCAAACACUGGUCAACUUUGGUUUUGCUAUUAGCUAUGAUUGCCAUUUCCGCCGGGUUUGAAUACAUGACUGACGAUGGAAUUAAGAGCAUAAAAGAAUUAGAUGAAUGGCUGUUAGAUACAAGCCCGGGUUUGAAGUAUUAUUAUGCUGCGUUACAGUUCGCCGGGUUUUUGAUUGAUCAAAAAUCAAUUGAGAGUAUACAGGGAUUAUUGCUUUUCGGUGUAUUUAUGACCACUAACAGGCUAGAAACAUUCCAGAUGUUCGAUGGUGGGUACAUAUUCAUGAACCUUGCUACUGAAAUUGCAAUCGCGAAUAAAUUACAUUUAAAACAACCAUUCAUGGAAUGUAGCGAAGAAGAUCGAGAAGUAUACAAGCGACUCUGGUGGUCUUGUUAUACCAUGGAAAGACGGUUCGGAGUUAAUUUGGGGAAGAGGGAGAUUAUAGAUCCUGGGGAUAUAACCGUUGACAUGCCAGUGGAUAUUCCUGCAUUAAAGAAUCGCUUUGGCUAUUCAAAUUGUAUGAGCCAGCAUUCUAUGAUUCAGUUGAAUUUUAUCUUUAGAGAUAUUGCAGAAUUAUUUUAUACCAAAACGAGAAAGAAUAAACUUGCAAGUGUAUCCAUUGAUCCAGCUGCAAUAAAGAAAUUAGUAGAAGAAGUUGAAAAAUGCAAGAUGAACUUCCCAGAGUAUACCGAAAUUGAAAACCUCGACCCCAAAUCAGCACAAUUUCGUGCACAUGUUCAUCUUAAUCUUACAUACUACUUGGCCAAAAUCUACAUUGGCAAACCAUUUCUCCUAUACAAAGUUGAAAACUACAAACGUUUGGCCGAAAAUGGUGGGGAUUAUGAAUCGGCAUUUGUCGACCAUCUUUCCUCUAUCUGCAUUGAUGCUGCCUUCUGUUCCAUCGAACUCCUAUCUGAACUAGACAAGCAUAACAAAUUAGGGCUAUUCUCAUGUACAGAUAUUAAUUUCUGUAAUAUCGCCCUAUUUACCAUUCUUGUCUUUCUCAGAAUUGACGGCCGGUCUGAAACAACCCUAUUGUUCCUUCGUAAGGGAUUGAAAAUCCUUAAGACAAUGUCAAGAGGGUGUUCGAGUGCAAAGCUGUCGCUAAAUAAAUUGAAGAAGUUAGAUAAUUUAGUUUCCGAUAUUACUGAGCUUGAUGAGAUGGAAAAGGAUAUAAAUAUUUACAAUGUAUUUGGGAUCGAGACUGCCGCAAAAUCAUUCCCAACAGAUACAAAUAAUGAAGGGUCCUUAUUGGAAUUUGGAAAAGAACGCAAAGCCGAGAGUGGAUCUCAGCUGGGGACGUAUAUGACCUUGGAACAAGACUUAUUGGAUGGAAUACUGGACUUUUGGAGUGCUGUUGUGGAUGGUGAUAUUUAUGAACAAUUGAAUUUGCUGGAUUUGAUAAAUUCAUAA